GGAAGUUACCAUGGUAACAGAACAUUAGUUUCCAGUCUUUUUUCCCCAGACACAUUCCGUCUUCGUUAGUCUUCGAAUAUGUCGUCGAGCAAACAAGAAGUGAUUGCUAUUACAGGGGUUUCUUCGGGCUUAGGCCUUGCGAUGGUGAAAUGGUACACAUCCAGAGGCCAUGUAGUGUUAGGAUGUGCAAGAUCGACACAGAAGAUAAGUCAGUUAAACGACGAGUUUUGUAAAGGAAACAAACCGAAGCAGUUUACUGUUGUUGAUAUUGUGAACGAGGCGGAUGUGAAACGUUGGUCAGAAGAAACUAUUUCAAGCUUUGGAGCGCCGACUCUUCUUCUGAACAAUGCUUCUGUCACCAAUAAUAACCUUUGUCUGUGGCAAAUUUCAGCAGAGGAGUUUAGCAAUGUCAUUGAUAUCAACAUCAAAGGCACCACAAAUGUUAUUCGCCAUUUUGUGCCUGAGAUGAUCAAAGCGGGAAAAGGCGUGGUUGUCAAUUUUAGCUCCGGCUGGGGGAGAAGCGUUUCGCCUCAUGUGGCUCCUUAUUGUGCUACCAAGUGGGCAAUUGAGGGGCUUUCUAAAGCACUGGCCUUAGAGCUACCUGCACCUUUGACUUGUGUUCCAUUAAAUCCUGGCAUUAUCAACACACCGAUGUUACAGACCAGCUUUGGAGAACAAGGUGCAGCAAUGCAGGAGACACCAGAGAAAUGGGCCCAGACCGCUUGCCCAUUUAUUUUAUCCAUAGACCGUUCUCAAAAUGGCAGGAGCCUCACAGUUCCAUAACUGUGUCUUGAUGGGGUGUAUCAAAACACAUGAAUAGCUAUUUUAUCAAUUUGAGGUUGACCCAUCUACAUCUGCAUCUACAUUACUGAGUCAGCACAAACUAUAUACAGUUACAAUAAUAACACACUAACUUUAACAGAAGCUAUAUAUAGUCAUAAUAAUAAGUAACAUGCUAACUUAAGCAUAAUAAUUAUAAUGGAGGGACUCCCGUAUAAAAAGGACAGGGGGGGCUCUUCAUACCUUUUCAUCAUCAUUCCUUAUAGCCCCCAGUGGGGCAUAGGAUCACCAUCAUACCUUUUUGUGGUUUAAAAAGCAGUAUUGGUACCUCUUACAUGUAGGGUGUUUAUCCUCAAAAGGUCUCCAGCGGGAGCUUUGCAGUACUUUUUCAGGUAUUCAGAGCCACCCAAAAAUAGGACUAGAGAUAUUUGACAAUCAAUGGAUUUUUAAUUGUCUCAUUUACCAUUUCCUGUAGUGCAAAAUUCAUGUUAUAUAGGAUAGAGAUUAUGACAAUGCUUUCAAAAACUCUAUUUGAUGAAAUCAUCUUUAUUCCUAUGAGAACUUAAUUUUGUAUGGACAGGGGCGUAGCUCCCUUUAAGCCAGUAAGCCCAGGCUUACAAACUUUUCUUGGUAUAUUUAUUUUUUCAGUUCUUGUAAAUUAUAUUUCUUUUCAUAGAACAAGUUUUCGGGGUGACUUCGUUAAGAAAACAUUCUAAGAAGAGAAAACUGCAAAACAAAAACAAAAAAAAACUACUCAAGGAAACCAUUUAAGUGCUUGUGUCCUGAACCUUUUUUUUGGGUUUCUUUCCCACAUCUAGUUAUUUAUUUAGAUUGCACUGUUUAAUGUAAUGGGUGCACCAGUGGUUGCAGCUUUUGUUAAAAGUUUUCACUGUUUUAUCUAAUAUGCGAAGCAAUGCUUUCACAGUAUUUUUAUCUUUUUCUUUAGGUAUUUGUACAACGUUCGACAAGGCCUGCCCACUAAACAUAUCAAUUUUAUUUUGCAGAAAGAGUGAAAAAAACCGAAAGUAAUCAUGAUAGCAAAAAAAUUGGUUUCUGAUUGGCUGCUUUAAAAUGAAUGCAGAAAAUCAUGUCUUAAGAAAAUGCUUGAACUCGUGUUUGAUCAGCGGCAAUUCACCUUAUCCAUAGGCCAUUGCAAACUACAAAUAUAUAAGCCACCUUGAGCUGUAAUAAGGCAUGAAUCGAACAAAUCAUUGGCCUACUUGACUUCCCCCACCUUUCCUAGCUGCACUGCAUUUAUGAGGUAUGAAACAGGCUUGGAAGCCAAAAAUGGCUAGCUACAUCCCAGGUGGAUACCAGAACUGUACAUAGAUAAGUAGCCAUCAAAGUGUUUGAUUUAUUUACCAUUUUGUUUACAGUGAACAACUUAUACUAAACAGGAUAGAGAUUUAUGGCAGUGCUUUCAUAAACUUUAUAAGUAGAAGGUAUUCAAAGCAAACCUGUGUAUCAAAACAUGAGUAAGUGUAGUUCAUAUCAAAUUACAAUGUGGUAAUUUUGGGUGUUA